AAGGAAUCAAAUCGAAUUCUCUCUUGGAAGUUUCUUUUACAUGAUUUGAUCACCUUCUAUUCCUUUUGUGUUGCAGCUUUUGAACCUCCAUUACCACCAUAUUUUUCACUCUUUCUUAUUUCCAUCACUCUGCAAAAAGAGAUGUAUAAUUGGGAGAGAACACUGAGAGAAAAUCGAUAUCGCCAAGAGAAAAAAAACACUAACCCAUCUUUUUCUUCGUCCCUUCUCGAUGAAAUCUACCGUUCCACUUCGACUGACGACGGGACGACAAAAUCUCCGGACAUGAAGUUCUACAGAGAAACCAUGCAGAAGAAGCAGAGCAAAAAUCGUUUCAAAAGUGACAGGACCAUUCAAGAGGAACAGAUGUCGAGUCUUCGUCGAGCUUGUUUGAUUGAGAAAUGGAUGGAGAAGAAGGGUAAUGAAAAGGCCAGCAACAAACAGAGACAGUUUUUGACGGAAUACGAGAGAAAAUCUCAUCAAGAUCAUGAUCAUGAUCAAGAUGUUCUCUUUUUUAGCUCUACUUCAAGUUCAUCAGAUUCGAGUUCUGGAGGAUUCUCUUCCUCUGAUACGGAUUCUUUGUACGGUUCAAGAACGAGGUCUUCGUGUUUCGUGAGGCCUAAACCGGUGAGAACUGGCAUCUCGGCUCAACCAGAGAAAACAAAGAAAACAGAGAGGGCUCUGUUUUAUGAACAGAGAGAAUUGCACAUGUUUGAUGAUUAUCACUACAAUUCCGCCAUAGAACACACUCCAAAGUUUGAAGAAACUCUCAUCAAGUCAAAAUCAAGGGCCUUGAAAAUUUACAGCAAUCUGAAGAAGGUGAAACAGCCGAUUUCACCGGGCGGUCGUCUCGCAAGUUUCAUCAACUCUCUGUUCACAGCAGGAAAUGCAAAGAAAACAAAGAGUUCAUCUUCAAAUAAUGAAAACUUUUACAAUUUGAACUCGGAGAGAAACUCAAAGUCUGGCCAAGUUUCAACAUGUUCUUCAGCAUCGUCAUUUUCAAGAUCAUGUUUAAGCAAGAAUUCGCCUUCCACCAGAGAGAGAUUGCGCAAUGGGGUUAAAAGAAGCGUUAGAUUCUACCCAGUUAGUGUAAUUGUUGACGAAGAUUGUCGACCGUGCGGACACAAAUGUAUAUAUGAAGAAGAAGAAGAAUCAAGCUUAAUGUCUGUUGCAGUACCAACUGCAUGGAAAAUGGGAAAAUCCUCAUCAAGAAAGAAGGAAGAAGAGCUAAAGUUUCAGGGGAUAGAGAGAAAAGAAGGUGUAGGUGAAGUGGCCAGGGAGUUUUUGAAAGAUUAUCAUCAAAAUCAAAAGAAAAGUGAGCUAAUGAUGAGAGAUGUUCGAGUUAAUUAUGAAGAGGACGACAAUGAGGACGAUGAUGAUGCUGCAAGUUACUCUAGUUCGGAUUUGUUUGAGCUUGAUCAUCUAGCUGUGAUUGGGAAUAAUAGGUAUUGUGAAGAGCUUCCAGUGUAUGAAACUACCCAUUUUGAUACUAAUCGUGCCAUUGCUAAUGGCUUGAUAAUGUAGUUUUGAAUAAUUAUAUCAUCCUAUAGAA